AUUAAUAUGGAACAUCUACAAUAUAAUAUUAGAAAUUACAAGGAUAUUUAACAUAGAAAAUUAUACAACAUCAACAUGAUGUACAAGAAUUAAAUAUAAUAUCCUGAGAUUAUUUAUAUCGAUACAGAAUUCAUAAGAUAUAUUUGGUUCAGCAAAUUAUUCAAUUAUUAUAACACAUAAUGGUAAAUGAAAAUACUUAUAAUGAUAAUUGAUUCUACAAUUCCUAUUAAAAAAUUGGUUUGGUAUCAAAGUCUUCAAAAGAGGAUUCCAACUAAAUAGAAUUCAUAGGAUAUAUUUACUUCAGAGAAUAAUUCAAUUAUUAGAAAACAUAAUGAUAAUUGAAAAUACUUAUAAUGAUGAUUGAUUCUAAAUUUUCUAUUAAAAAUUUAAUUUGGUAUCAAGUCUUCAAAAGAGUAUACAAACUAAAUAAUAAAAAUUGAUGUUUUUCAAAGUCAAAAUAAUUUUUUACAAUAAGAAAAGUAGAAUGACCAAUUAAGAAAUUUAGAAAACAGAAUAUUCCAAGAACAUUCUGUUAAUUUUAACGGAAUGCACUUAACAUUAAACUUAAGUGGUACCGGGUGCACAAAUAAUAGAGUUCAGUGGUACCCGACGUUCUUUUCAAACUUAAAUUGUAUGUCUACCUGCCCCAAUUCUCAAAUUUUAAUGGCACACGAGGUAUUUUACCAUCAAUUUAAACCGUUACUGUACCACCGAUUAUAUCAUUUCACUUACUUCACCAACAUUUCGAUAUAAAACAGUUGGACUAGAAGGAUUGGACUUGCAACAACUUCACAUGGUUUCAUUGGAAGCCUCUACUAGUUGGCAAUUUCUUUGAGACUAAGUUUUCAUACCCCUAUAAUUUUUGCUUUUGUAGAAUUUUUUUUUCUUUCUAUCCACGUAUCCAAUAAUUCCAGCCCAAGCCCAUCCGAUAAUUCCACACAUAAAUUAAUAUGCUUUCCAAAAUCCAAAGUAGUUUUUUACACUAAUUGUAUAUAAUUAAUCAAAUCGUUCGCCCAGAACAAAGAGAGAAAAAAAGAGAAGAGAAAGCUCGAGUCGCAGGCUCGCAGCCCCGAAACCAAAACCAUAACCAAAGGGACAGCAGUAGUCUUUCUGAAACGCCAAAACUCACCACCAUCACUACAACGAUUUUGCUAUUGGGGUUUCGCUGCGCUCUGUCUCCCUCCCUCUCUAAACUCAACGCUGCGGAUGUAUAGGCAUCCAUCGCCUCUCUCUCUCCUGCCUCAGGUACUCUCCUUCCUUCCUUCCUUGUCCUUCCCUUCGCGUCUAAGCUUUUGCGGCAGUGAUCUGUUAGGUAUAUGUUCUUUUGCUCUUCUUUCUGAUUCAGUUUACUGCGGUGUAAUCGCCUCUCUGUAUCCGCCGAUUGCCGGGGUUGUGGUCUGUGUAGGUUUUUCUGAUUUUCCUUUUUGCUCUUAGGAGUUGUAUGCUUUGGCUGACACGCUGCCUUUUUGUUGUUCAUGUGUUGCGGCAGUAGUCGGAAGUAGAGAGAAACUUCGGAUAUGGCAGCGGUAAGAUCGAGCUUGCCGUCUAGGUUGAGGCAGCUGCUGUCCGGUGAAAGCCUAAUCGGGCCUUCCAUUAAACUUGACUCCGACCCUCCUCCAAGAAUUAAAGCAUUCAUAGAAAAGGUCAUUCAGAGUCCAUUGCAAGAUAUUGCCAUACCACUCUCUGGCUUCCGUUGGGAGUACAGUAAGGGGAAUUUUCAUCACUGGAGGCCUCUAUUUUUGCAUUUUGAUACAUACUUCAAGACUUACUUGUCCAGUAGGAAUGACCUUCUCCUGUCAGAUAAUAUCUCAGAAAAUGAUAGUGUGUUCCCGAAGCAAGAAGUUCUAAAGAUUUUAUGGGUCAUGCAAAUAAUUUUGGAGAAUUGUCCUAACAAGAGUUCAUUCGACGGUUUGGAGCAUUUCAAGCUUCUAUUGGCAUCAGCAGAUCCUGAAAUUCUUAUAGCUUCUUUGGAAACGCUUUCGGCCCUCGUGAAAAUCAACCCCUCCAAGCUGCACGGGGGUGGUAAGUUGAUUGGAUGUGGCGCUGUAAAUAGCUAUCUGUUAUCCUUAGCUCAAGGUUGGGGGAGCAAGGAGGAGGGCUUAGGUCUGUAUUCAUGCGUUAUGGCAAAUGAGAGAAAUCAAGAGGAGGGCCUCUCUUUGUUCCCAUCUGAUGUAGAAAAUGAUGGUCAAAAGUCUCAGUGCCGAAUAGGGUCUACACUUUAUUUUGGGUUGUAUGGCCAUAAUGCUCAGAGGAGGGUCGAGGGCAGUACUGAUGCUAUCUCUUCUAGCUCACAAGUCAUACAUAUGCCAGAUUUGCAUUUAAGGAAGGAAGAUGAUCUGUUGCUGUUGAAGCAUUGCAUUGACCAAUACAAUGUUCCUUCUGACCUUCGAUUCUCUCUGUUGACUAGAAUCAGAUAUGCUCGGGCUUUUCGGUCUCCCAGGAUAUGUAGGCUGUACUGCAGGAUUUGCCUUCUUGCGUUUAUCGUACUGGUGCAGUCGAGUGAUGCUAAUGAUGAGCUGACAUCCUUUUUCGCAAACGAGCCAGAGUAUACCAAUGAGUUGAUUCGGAUUGUGGGUUCUGAUGAAAGUAUUCCUGGAAGCAUCAGAACCCUUGCAAUGGAAGCUUUGGGGGCACAACUAGCUGCUUAUUCAGCUUCUCAUGAGAGAGCUCGUAUUCUAAGCGGGUCUAGCAUCAGCUUUGCUAUAGGAAAUCGGCCGAUUCUUCUCAAUGUGCUUCAGAGAGCCAUUCUUUCUCUGAAGAAUUCAAGUGAUCAGUCUUCUCUCUCCUUUGUCCAAGCACUUCUUCAGUUCUAUCUGCUCCAUAUAGUUUCUUCUUCAGCUUCAGGAAGUAAUGUACGUGGAUCUGGAAUGGUUCCUACAUUUUUGCCUCUUUUGGAGGAUUCAGAUCCCACUCACAUGCACCUUGUUUAUUUGGCUGUCAAAGCUCUACAGAAGUUAAUGGACUACAGUAGUUCAGCUGUUCUUCUGCUCAGAGAUCAAAAAGGUGUGGAGCUUUUGGCCCAAAGGUUACAGAUAGAAGUGCAUAGAAUCACGUAUUCUUCUGUGGAGAAUGACAAUUCAAUGAUCAUUGGUGAAUGCUCAAGGGCUACUGAUGAUCUCGUAUAUACCCAGAAAAGGCUUGUUAAAGCUCUUCUGAAGGCUCUUGGGUCUGCUACCUAUUCCCCUUCAAACAAUUCUAGAUCCAUAAAUUCUAAUGACAGUUCUUUGCCUUCGUCAUUGUCACUUAUAUAUAAGAACACGGAUAAAUUUGGAGGGGACAUUUACUACUCUGCAGUUACUGUCAUGAGUGAACUCAUCCACAAAGAUCCAACCUGUUUCUCGGCAUUGCAUGAAAUAGGUCUCCCUGAUGCAUUUCUAUCUUCAGUGGUAGCUGGAGUACUUCCUUCGUCAAAGGCUCUUACAUGCAUUCCAAAUGGACUUGGUGCUAUAUGUCUUAAUGCAAAAGGCUUAGAAGCAGUUAAAGAAACCUUAGCUUUGCGGUUCCUAGUUGACAUCUUUACCAGCAAAAAGUAUGUGCUAGCAAUGAAUGAUGCUAUUGUUCCUUUGGCUAAUUCAGUGGAGGAGCUUCUCAGACAUGUUUCUUCACUAAGGGGCACCGGAGUUGAUAUAAUCAUUGAAAUUGUUAAUAGAAUAGCUUCUUUUGGGGAGUUUACUAUUGCAGAGUCAUCAGGGAAGGCUUCUGGAAGCAACGAUAUGGAUAUGGAGAUGGUCUCUGAAGACAAGGCAGGUGAUGAUUUGGGUGCCGAAGGUGUGAGUAAUGAGCAGUUCAUUCAACUGUGCAUAUUUCACUUGAUGGUAUUGUUGCAUAGAACAAUGGAAAAUCCGGAGACUUGUCGGUUGUUUGUAGAGAAGUCGGGAAUCGAAGCUUUGUUGGCACUUCUAUUGCGGCCGGCUAUUGUUCAAUCAUCUGAAGGGAUGUCUAUUGCAUUGCACAGCACUAUGGUUUUCAAGAGUUUUACCCAACACCACUCUGCACCUCUGGCACGUGCAUUCUGUUCUUCUCUUAGGGAACAUCUGAAAAAAGCUUUGAGCGAGUUUGGCUCUGUUUCGGGUUCUUUCUUGCUAGAUCCCAAGUCUGCAAUGGAUGAGGCAAUAUUUUCGUCACUGUUCCUGAUAGAGUUUCUUCUAUUUCUUGCUGCCUCGAAAGACAAUCGAUGGGUAGCUGCCCUACUGACUGAAUUUGGCAGUGGUAGUAAAGAUGUUCUGGAAGAUAUUGGAUGCGUGCAUCGUGAAGUUCUCUGGCAGAUUGCCUUACUUGAAGAUGCCAAGCUUGAGAUGGAGGAUGCUGCUGCAAGUUCUUCAGAGCCCCAACAGUCUGAACCAACUAAUGAUUCUGAAGAGCAGCGGUUCAAUUCUUUCAGGCAAUUUCUUGAUCCGUUGUUGAGGAGGAGGACAUCCGGUUCGAGUGUUGAAUCACAAUUUUUUGAUCUCAUUAACUUGUAUCGUGAUCUUGGGCGUGCAGCUGGAUUUCCACAGAGAAUGGGAAUUGAUGGUCCGUUGAGUCGGUUUGGAUCUGUUAACGCACACUCUAAUGAGCCCUCUACAGCUGGCGAUGCUGGUCGGAAAGAGAGUGACAAGCAAAGAUCAUACCAUUCUUCUUACCGUGACAUGGUUAGGUCCCUUUCUUUUCACAUUACACACCUGUUUCAGGAAUUGGGAAAAGCAAUGCUGCUUCCAUCUCGUCGGCGAGAUGACACAGUUACUCUCUCCCCUGCUUCGAAAGUGGUUGCUCGUACAAUUGCUUCUAUUGCAUUGGAUCACAUGGAUUUUUCUGGUCAUGUAAUUUCGUCUGGAUCAGAUAUAUCCAGAUCAACAAAAUGUCGCUACUUCGGGAAGGUUAUUGACUUCAUCAAUGGUAUUCUAUUGGACAGGCCAGAUUCCUGUAAUCCAAUAUUGCUGAAUUGCUUGUAUGGACAGGGGGUCAUUCACUCAGUUCUGACCACAUUUGAGGCUACGAGUCUUCUGCUAUUUUCAGUUAAUAGGGCUCCAUCAUCCUCUAUGGAUACUGAUGAUGGGACCACAAGACAGGAUGCUAGGGAAGUUGCUGACUAUUCCUGGAUAUAUGGUCCCUUGGCAAGCUACAGUAAACUUCUGGACCACUUGGUCACAUCAUCUUUUAUCUUGUCUCCAUUCACCAAGCACCUUCUUAUACAGCCGCUGGAUAAUGGAGCCAUAACUUUCCCUAGGGACGCAGAGACAUUUGUUAAGGUACUGCAGUCUAUGGUGCUGAAGGCAGUGCUUCCUGUUUGGACACAUGAACAUUUCCCUGAAUGCAGCAUUGACUUUAUCAGUACAGUGAUUUCAAUCAUCAGGCAUGUGUAUUCUGGAGUCGAAGUGAAAAAUGUUGCCAGUAAUGCCAGUGCUCGAAUUGUAGGCCCACCUCCGAAUGAAACAACGAUAUCAACGAUUGUGGAGAUGGGGUUUUCCAGGCCCAGGGCAGAAGAAGCUCUCAGGCAGGUUGGGUCGAAUAGUGUAGAAUUGGCAAUGGAGUGGUUGUUCUCUCAUCCAGAAGAAGUUCAAGAGGAUGAUGAACUUGCUCGGGCACUUGCUAUGUCGCUGGGUAACCCCGAAUCAGAGGUUAAAGAAGAUGCAACUAAUUCUAGCACAGAACAACCUGAAGAAGACAUUGUCCAGCUGCCCCCAGUAGGGGAUUUGAUAGCAACAUGUACGAAGCUGCUGCAAGCUAAGGAAUCUGUUGCUUUUCCAGUUCGUGACCUACUUUCACUGAUUUGCUCGCAAAAUGACGGGCAGUAUAGGUCUAAUGUGAUGACAGUCAUUCUUGACCAAAUAAAUGACAGGAGUUUGGUUUCUGAUGGAAAAAAGAGCACUAUGUUGUUUUCUUUAUUUCAUGUUCUUGCCUUGAUUCUUCACGAGGAUGUUGGGGCCAGAGAAGUUGCCUUCAAGAAUGGUCUGGUUAAGGUUGUGCUGGAUCUUCUUUCCGAGUGGGAUUCUGGUUGUUCAGGGGACCAACAGCACGUCCCGAAAUGGGUAACAACGGCUUUUCUUGCCCUCGAUCGGUUGCUACAGAGUAAUCAGAAAUUAAAUCCUGAAAUCAUAGAGCAGUUGAAGAAGGAUAUUGAUAGCAUUCAGCAACCUUCACUGAUUAUUGAUGAAGAAAAGCGAGACAAGUUGCAGUUUGCUCUGGGAUCUCCCUUGAAGCGCAUUAGCACAGAUGAACAGAAGAGGUUGAUUCAAAUUGCUUGCAAUUGUAUAAAGAAAAAGCUUCCAUCAGAGAUGAUGCAUGCGGUGCUGCAGCUUUGUUCCAGUCUGACUCGAUCUCAUUCUAAUGCUGUCUGCUUUCUUGAAGCAGAGGGUGUAAGCUCGUUACUGUCUCUUCCAACAAGUAGCCUUUUCUCUGGAUUUGACACAGUUGCGGCCGCUAUCAUCUGCCAUGUUCUUGAAGAUCCUCAAACUCUCCAGCAAGCUAUGGAAUCUGAAAUCAAGCAUAGCCUUAUUGCUGCUGCCAACAGGCACACAAAUGGGAGAGUCACUCCUCGCAAUUUCCUUGUAAAUCUGAGCUCUGUGAUAUCCAGGGACCCUGUCGUUUUCAUGCAGGCUGCAAGGUCUGUCUGCCAAGCUGAGAUGGUGGGUGAGAGGCCUUACAUUGUGCUUUUAAAAGAUCGCGAGAAAGAUAAAAGCAAGGAGAAAGAGAAGGACAAGGAUAAAGCUUUGGAGAAAGAAAGAGCCCAAUCUAGUGAGGGCAAGCUUGCUUUGGGCAGUAAUGCCACUGCUGCUAGCAAUGGACAUGGUAAACUUCAAGAUACAAACACCAAGAGUUCUAAGAUUCAUCGAAAGACUCCUCAAAGCUUUGUCCAUGUGAUUGAGCUGCUUUUGGAUUCAGUCAUUAGCUUUAUGCCACCGACAAAGGAAGAUAAGCCAUCAUCAAACGAUAUGGAUAUAGAUGUUGCUGCUCUGAAGGGGAAAGGUAAAGCGGUGGCAACCAGUUCGGAAGGAAAUGAAGUUAGUGGUCAAGAAACUUCUGCGUCUCUUGCAAAGAUUGUUUUCAUCUUGAAGCUUUUGACAGAGAUCAUUUUGAUGUAUUCUUCAUCAGUUCAUGUCCUGCUUAGAAGGGAUGCUGAAGUUAGCAGCAGUAGAGGACCUCAUCAAAGACCUCCCGGUCCCAUUACUGGAGGUAUAUUCCAUCAUAUGGUUCAUAGGUUCAUUCUCUGUUCGGGAAAUAUGAAAAAGGAGAGGAAAAUGGAUGGAGAUUGGAGGCAUAAAUUGGCAACAAGGGCUAGUCAGUUUCUGGUUGCAACAUGUGUUCGAUCUGCUGAGGCAAGGAAGAGGAUAUUUAUGGAGAUCAGUUGCAUUUUGAACAAUUUUGUUGAUUCUUCUGAGGGAUCGAGUACACCAACCAGUGAUAUACAAACUUAUGUUGAUCUGCUAAAUGAUGUGUUGGCUGCCCGUACUCCUACUGGAUCUUACAUUUCUGCUGAAGCUGCUGCCACUUUUAUUGAAGUUGGUUUGGUGACAUCACUGACCCGAACUCUUGAAGUUUUGGAUCUAGAUCAUUCUGACUCCCCAAAAGUUGUAACUGGGCUAGUUAAAGCUCUGGAGCUGGUGACAAAGGAACAUAUAAACGCUUCUGACUCUAGUGCAGCAAAGGGUGACAAUGCAGCAAAAACUCCUGCUCAUGAAUCCAGAGGAACUGAGAACCGUGCUGAUAGAUCUCAGUCCAAUGGACUUGAAAUUCCAUCAAAUCCACCUGCAUCUGCUGACGAAGUUGAAUUGCCAAAUCCCAUUCAAAACUAUGGUGGAUCUGAAGCUGUCACAGAUGAUAUGGAACAUGACCAGGAUCUGGAUGGAGGCUUUGUUCCUGCUACCGAGGAUGAUUACAUGCAGGAUAGCUCUGAGGAUAUGAGGGUUCUUGGUAAUGGAAUGGAUACAAUUGAAAUUCAAUUUGACAUCCAGCCUCAUGGGCAGGAAGGUCUCGAAGAAGAUGAAGAUGAGGAUAUGUCUGGAGAUGAAGGGGAUGAAGUUGACGAGGAUGAUGAGUCUGAGGACGAGGAUGAUGAGGACGAAGAUGAUGACGGGCACAAUGACUUGGAAGAAGAUGAAGUCCAUCACCUGCCGCAUCCUGAUACAGAUCAAGAUGAUCAUGAUAUGGAUGACGAUGAAUUUGACGAGGAAGUGUUGGAUGAAGAUGAGGAAGAUGAGGAAGAAGACGAAGAUGGAGUUAUCCUACGCCUAGAGGAGGGAAUCAAUGGAAUAAAUGUUUUUGACCAUAUUGAAGUGUUUGGAAGAGAUAAUAGUUUCCCUAAUGAAACACUACAUGUGAUGCCUGUUGAAGUUUUUGGUUCAAGACGUCAAGGACGGACUACCUCCAUCUAUAGUCUUCUUGGUAGAAAUGGUGACAGUUCUGCUCCGUCCCGACAUCCCCUUUUAAUUGGGGCUCCUCAGCAGCUGGCUUCUUCCAGGCAAACAGACAACGCCCAUGACUUGGUGUUCUCAAAUAGGAAUUUGGAGAGUACCUCUUCCCAGUUGGAUACUAUUUUCCGCUCGCUGAGAAAUGGGCGUCAUGGACAUCGAUUGAACUUGUGGAUGGAUGAUAACCAGCGUAGUGGUGGAACUAAUACAUCUGUACCCCAAGGCCUCGAGGAAUUGCUUGUUUCUCAGCUGAGACGGCCAUCCUCUGAGAAAUUGUCUGAUCCUAAUGCCUUGACAACCGAGCCUAAGAGCAAUGGUGUUGUUAGCCAGUCACAAGAACCUGUAGUACAGCCGGAUACCCGAGGUGAAAACAAUGUGAAUCAUGAAACAAGCAAUGUGCAUCAUCAACCUGUGGUAAAUGAUAGCUCUGGUAUGGCCACUGUCGAACCUCCUGCAAGUGAUUCUCAUUCACAUGCUGUUGAGAUGCAGUUUGAACAAAAUGAUGCAGCUACCCGUGAUGUUGAAGCAGUAAGCCAAGAAAGUGGUGGAAGUGCAGCAACAUUAGGGGAAAGCCUCAGGAGUCUUGAUGUUGAAAUCGGAAGCGCUGAUGGACAUGAUGAUGGUGGAGACAGGCAGGGUUUGCCUGAUAGAAUGCCUCUAGAUCCUCAUGCAACUCGAAGACGAUCAAACGUAUCCUUUGGCAAUUCUGUAUCCGGAGCUGGGAGAGAUGCAUCUCUUCAUAGUGUUACGGAAGUUUCAGAAAAUUCUAGCAGAGAAGCAGAUCAAGCUGGCCCAGCGUUGGAGCAGCAAGUUGCUGGUGAUGCUGGUUCAGGAUCAAUUGAUCCUGCAUUCUUGGAUGCCCUUCCUGAGGAGUUGCGCGCUGAAGUUCUUUCUGCUCAACAGGGACAAGUUGCACAGCCAUCAAAUGUCGAGCAACAAAAUACAGGAGAUAUAGAUCCUGAGUUCCUUGCUGCUCUUCCUCCUGAUAUAAGAGCAGAAGUUCUAGCACAACAACAAGCGCAACGUAUGCAUCAAUCUCAUGAACUUGAAGGUCAACCUGUGGAAAUGGAUACUGUGUCAAUCAUUGCUACUUUUCCCUCAGAGUUGCGCGAAGAGGUUCUGCUUACAUCUUCCGAUGCUGUUCUUGCAAAUCUCACUCCUGCAUUGGUUGCGGAGGCUAAUUUGUUACGUGAAAGAUUUGCACACCGUUACCACAACCGUACGCUUUUUGGUAUGUAUCCUAGAAGCCGCAGGGGUGAGUCAUCUCGACGGGGUGAAAGUAUUGGCUUCAGCCUUGAGAGAGCUGAUAUUGCCUCACGGAGGUCUGCUACUGGAAAGGUUGUUGAAGCUGAUGGAGCUCCCUUAGUUGAGACGGAAUCGCUACAUGCUAUGAUUCGGGUGCUUCGUAUUGUGCAGCCCCUGUAUAAAGGUCCAUUGCAGAGGCUUUUGUUGUACAUAUGUGCUCAUGGCGAAACCAGAACCACUUUGGUAAAAAUCCUGAUGGACAUGCUGAUGGUUGACUUUAGAAAGUCUGGCAAUCGCUCUAGGACUGCUGAGCCUUCAUAUCGACUUUAUGCUUGUCAAAGCAAUGUGAUGUAUUCUCGCCCACAGUCUUUUGAUGGAGUGCCACCUUUGGUUUCUCGUCGUAUUCUCGAGACUUUGACUUACUUGGCUAGAAAUCAUCCCUAUGUGGCCAAAAUCUUGCUUCAACGUAGGCUGCCUCUGCCUGGCCAACAAAAGCAGACAGACGAUGUUGAUAUGUCACGAGGAAAAGCUCUGAUGGUGAUUGAAGAGUGUGAAACAGAUAGGAGAGAACAUGAUGAUGGAUAUGUGUCCAUUGCAUUGCUUCUGAGCCUCUUGAAACAACCUCUUUAUUUGAGAAGCAUAGCUCAUCUUGAGCAGCUUCUUAGCUUAUUGGAGGUCAUUAUUGAUAGUGCUGAAAGCAAAUCGAGUUUAUCAGAUAAAUCGGCGGAUGCUUCUGGGCAAAUACAGGCUCAGCUCCCAGCCUCACAAGCAGAUACAAGAGGGGAGGCUGGUGGUAGUUCUACUACAGCGGCUGGUUCAUCAUCAGCAGUUAUUGAAUUAUCAUCCAAGGCUGCCACUUCUAGUGCCAAUGAUAAUGAUGAUAUGGACAAUGUUCUGCUUAACCUGCCGCGCACGGAGCUAUGCCUACUUUGUUCAUUGCUUGCGCAGGAAGGUCUGUCAGAUAAUGCUUAUACUCUUGUAGCCGAGGUUAUGAAGAAGUUAGUUGCUAUUGCUCCAACUCAUUGUUAUCUGUUCAUCACUGAGUUAGCUGAUGCAAUAAAUAACCUGACUAAAUCUGCCAUGCACGAGCUGCAUCUGUUUGGGGAAGCGGUGAAGGCACUCCUCACCACAACAUCGUCUGAUGGACCCGCCAUAUUAAGAGUCAUUCAGGCAUUAAGUACUCUCAUAACAUUGCUGGUAGAUAAAGAGAGAGACCAGCCACCGAGUCUUCCCGAGAAGGAGCGUUCUGAUGCUCUUUCCCAGAUUCACAAUAUCAAUGCAGCUUUGGAGCCCUUAUGGUUGGAGCUUAGUACGUGCAUAAGCCAAAUAGAGAGCUUUUCAGAUUCUUCAUCUGAUGUGCUUCCUCCUCCAAGAAAUUCUGCAGUGAUGGCUCCUCUCCCUGCAGGCUCUCAGAACAUUUUGCCUUAUAUCGAGUCCUUCUUUGUGAUGUGUGAAAAGCUGCACCCUGCACAAUCAGGAUCCAGUCAUGAAUAUGGUGCUGCAGCUGCUGAGGUUGAUGAGACAAUCACUUCUUCUUCUGCACAGCAGAAGACCUCACCCGGUCCCAUUUCGAGAAUCGAUGAGAAACACAUUGCCUUUGUGAGGUUCUCAGAGAAACACAAGAAACUGCUUAAUGCUUUCAUCCGCCAGAAUCCGGGAUUGCUUGAGAAGUCGUUCUCGCUCUUCUUGAAGGUGCCCCGCUUCAUUGAUUUUGACAAUAAACGUGCUCACUUCAGAUCCAAAAUAAAACAUCAGCAUGAUCACCACCACAGCCCCCUGAGAAUAUCUGUGAGGAGAGCCUACAUUCUAGAAGAUUCAUAUAAUCAGCUCCGGAUGCGGUCAACUCAAGAUUUGAAGGGCAGGUUGACUGUUCACUUUCAAGGAGAGGAAGGUAUUGAUGCUGGUGGUCUGACAAGGGAAUGGUAUCAGCUGCUUUCUAGGGUUAUUUUUGACAAGGGGGCAUUGCUUUUCACUACGGUUGGCAAUGACUCUACAUUUCAGCCCAACCCCAACUCUGUCUACCAGACGGAACAUCUGUCGUACUUCAAAUUUGUUGGUCGAGUUGUUGGGAAAGCACUCUUUGAUGGGCAGCUGUUAGAUGUCCAUUUUACCCGCUCUUUCUAUAAGCACAUAUUAGGAGCUAAAGUUACAUAUCAUGACAUUGAAGCAAUUGAUCCUGAUUACUUCAAAAAUCUGAAAUGGAUGCUUGAGAAUGAUAUAAAUGAUCUGUUGGACCUUACGUUCAGUAUUGAUGCUGAUGAGGAGAAACUUAUUUUGUAUGAAAGGACAGAGGUCACUGAUCAUGAACUGAUUCCUGGUGGACGCAAUAUCAAAGUGACCGAGGAGAACAAGCAUCAGUAUGUCGAUUUAGUUGCCGAGCAUCGAUUGACUACUGCUAUUCGACCUCAAAUAACUGCUUUCCUCGAGGGGUUCACUGAAUUGAUCCAGAGGGAGUUGAUAUCCAUAUUCAACGACAAAGAAUUGGAAUUGUUGAUAAGCGGCCUUCCGGAUAUUGAUUUGGAUGACAUGAGGGCCAACACAGAGUAUUCAGGUUACAGCCCUGCAUCCCCUGUGAUACAGUGGUUCUGGGAAGUCGCUCAAGGAUUCAGCAAAGAGGAUAAGGCUCGACUCCUCCAAUUCGUGACAGGCACUUCCAAGGUGCCAUUAGAAGGAUUCAGCGCCCUACAAGGGAUAUCAGGAUCGCAGAAGUUCCAGAUACACAAGGCCUAUGGUAGCCCUGAUCACUUGCCUUCAGCCCAUACUUGUUUCAAUCAGUUGGAUUUGCCAGAGUAUCCAUCUAAAGAGCAUUUGGAGGAGAGGUUGCUGCUGGCUAUCCACGAGGCUAAUGAAGGUUUCGGGUUCGGCUAAGUUGUAGAAAAGAGAAGGGAAGGAGGUGCAUCUUCAGCAGCAGCAGCAGCAGGAGAUGUGUAGAUACUUUAGGGCAAGUUAGGGGGGUGGAAAGCUGAAUGGAUGGGGGCUUUUGGUGGGUGUUUUUUUUUUCUAUGAGAAAUUGGGAGUUGGGUACAAAAAGGGAAAAAUGACGACUUGGUCACAUGUUUAUAAACAUAUUUUGUACAGUCCGGUCCUGUCUUUUCUUGGUCUACUUCUUCUUGGUCCCAUAGGAAGAAAAACUGAUGCCCCGGCGGUUUAUUGAAAUAUUGCCAAUUUUCGAUUACAUCCAUUUGGGUUUUCUGUUCCUUUCCUUGCCAAGAAAUGUCGUGUCCGGCAAAGAGGUACAAACCAAUACCAAAACUGCUGGUUGUAAUCAGAGCAGCCGGCGAAUUCGAAGACAUGAGAUAAAAACGAUACCCUCUUGCUUCUUCUCGCCGGAGCUGCGGAUUUUUUGAAUCCAAAUUUGGACCUGGUCCUCGGAAUCGGGGCGGCGGGAGGAAGAGGAUUGGUGCCGCAGGUUGACGAGGCGGAGGAGGGUGAGGUUGGGACAGGUGUCGUGGCUGGUCUCGAGCCACUUUGAGAGAGCGGAUCCCAUAACUAAGGGGGGUCCUUAGUCACUUGACUAAGCCCCUCCUAGCCAUUAGAUCUGGACGCUCCAAUCCAACGGUUAAGAAGUGGGAAGAGAUUUUUAAUUAGUGGGAGGGGUAAUUUGGGUAUUAUGAAAAAUUACGAAGUAUACAAACCGGACUUACAAACAAUACAAACAUACAAAUAGUACAAACAAAAACCACUAAACAUACAAAUAGAUUACAAACAUUCCAAACAUAUGAACUGUACAAACAAUACAAACUACACCGACAAAACAUACAAACUAGAAAGUCAACCAGGUUGUUUUUUAGUCAUAAAAAAACAUUACAAACAUGGUUGACAAACACGGUGCACAAAAAUAACAAAAUUUACAAACAUUACAAAAUAAACCGACGAAUAAUACAAAACUUAAUCGUAAAAAAUGUCACUAAAAAAUGACAAACAGGAAAGAUAAGAGGAGAGAAGUCUGGGAAUUUAGAGAGAUAGGAGGAUUUGGGGGGGGGGGGGGGGAUUUGUAUGGAAAAGGAGUCAAAGUGGAGGACGGGAAAUAAAAGAAAUUUUUGGUUUUAUC